GGAUGUAAUUCCGGGUCAAAGUUCAGAAAAUGUUGAUGGUGGCCACAUGCGUGUUGGAGCAGUGUUAACGCUGUUUAAAAUAGAUAUUUCAAUACAGUUAUUGAUACUCUAACCCCUGUAAAAUGAAGGACACGCCCCUGUCUAACUGUGAGCGUGACUUUUUGCUGAAAGCCAUCGAGGAGAAAAAGGCGAGUAGGAUUUUUACUGUCUGUCCACCCUGUGUAGUAGCAGAGGCUGUUCAACAAAAACAGUAAACAUUUGUAAAACACGGACUGUGGGCAACAGUUCAUAAACCCUAGUCCCAGGAUCCAUUAAUGUUUUAGUUGCAGUGAUUUUUACGUUACGUUGUUUUGUAUUUUUAUUGUUUAUACCCUCAAGAAGUAUAAACAAGCACUGGUUUUCUAAUGUGUCCUUUUUCUGCAGCGCCUCGAUGGACGACAGACUUAUGACUACAGAAAAAUGAAAAUCACAUUUGGGACUGACUUUGGAUGCUGCUUUGUGGAUCUUGGGAAAACCAGGUGAAUCUUUUAUUAGAUGAUGAUAAUAAUAAUAAUAAUAAUAAUAAUAAUAAUAAUGACAACAACAAUAACAAUAACAACAACAAUAAUAAUAAUAAUACCAACAAUAAUAAUAAUAAUAAUAAUAAUAAUAACAAUGAUGAUUAUACAUUUUAUUUGUAAGUACCUUUCUUAACACACAGGUCACCUUACAGGUCUAAACAGUACAAUUAAACAACAUGAUAGAAUUAAACAGUAAAAAAUUGGACAAAGUAAUUACAAAGAAUAGGCUGCUCUGAACGGGGUGGGGGGGAUGUUUGAGCCUGGGGGGGAUUUAAAUUCUAUUUUUAAUUUAGCCAGGAGCUAGUGGAGCUGCUGUAGGAUGGGAGUUAUGUGAGACACCUCUGGGAACGGGAUGACUAAGAAGCUGUCGAUUGUGAGGAGGAGACUAUUUGCUAAUGUUAAUGUUUGCUUUAUUACCUGGUUGCCACAGUGCGGUUGAAUCUUCUUUUAUAAACUUUCUUAUACUUUUAUAUGUUAAAUAUUAAAGUAAGAUGCAAAGUUUUCUCCAAAAUUUCUGAUUUAACACUGUCCUGUACAAAUUCAAGAUGUUCUGUGUGUAUCUUUACCUUUACAGAUAUUUCCUCCAGAGCUCAGGCUGAUUUUGGCAGUUGUAAAAAUGUUAGUACUCAGACCCUGAAAGGUGGAGAGCCUCUCAAAUCAAGCACUAAUGGUGUGCAGAAUUUAUGCAGUGUGGUAAAUUUUAAGGGCAAGAAGUUUUCAUUAGAAAUUUAAUGCAUUAUUUUAUUCUGAUCGUGAAAAAUGUCUGUUGUUCUCCUCAGGGUCAUGGCACAGGUGUCCUCUGAGCUGGUUACCCCUAAAGAAAGUCGACCAAAUGAAGGAAUCAUGUUCUUCAACAUUGAGCUGUCACCUAUGGCCUCACCAGCAUUUGAACAGGGAAGGUGAGGAUGAGAAAUUCAUCUUAUAAGUGAUAACUAUAUUGUUGUUUUGGUGCAAAAGAAUUUAUUUUUCUCUUUGGAAAAAAUUUCUUCCCAUGUGGAACUUGUGAUUUAUGCUAUCUUUGGUGCCACUUGUGGACAAAGGUAACUUGACAGAUUUAAUCUUUCACAUGUGUGACUAAUAUUUUUUGAGAGGAAUAUGCCACCCCUCUAUUAAUCUGCUACUCAAAUGUUUCACCCAUCAAGAAUCUUUGGUACAGAACACAUGCAAAAAAAAAUCACUUGGUCUGCCACCUUCUUCCUGCACAUAGUUUUAAACAUUAAAAAUCACUAUAUUAAAAAUUAUCUGUCUAUUUGUUAAUGGUUUGUUUGCUUUCUUUGGCCAUUUCAGUCUGUUUUCUAACCAGAAAUAAACUCCCCAUAGGUGGCGUAAUGUAUGUUAAUGCUAAACAACCAACAAUAGUCAUCAUAGAAGUGGAAAAGCACAAAGGCUUCAACUCACUGCAUAAGAUCACUAAAGAAAACCACAAACAACAUCAAUCUUAUAAAACUUAUUUUCUAGAAUCUGACUAAUAGAUAUUGCCAAGUAUUUUCUACAAGCUUACCUAUAAAACAGGAAUGGUCUGUCUAUCGGUUAAAGCCCAUACUCAGAGUGGAGGCUGUGUGAUGGGACUCAAGGUGGAGGUUUUUAAGUCUACUCCAUGACCUUCAUGGUGGUCCGUGCUAAAAGAAGAAGCUUAAGUUUUACUAUGCAUGUGGAUUGCUUUAUCUUGAUGAAAUCUCAUAUCUGCAUAUACUCUCCCACACAGCCUGGUAGAAUAAAAGCAUCCUCUCGUGAUCUCAAGUUUGUGCUUAAAAUAAGUUUGUGAUCUUUCUGACUAAAACGUUUAUCUUGAUGUUUUACAACAUACCUACAUGAGCUAAUCUCAUUGAUUCAGCUGACCCAACUGAUUUUAUUUUACUUUUAAAGUUGUAAAUUUCUUUAUGAGUUUGUUUUAAAAAGCCUGUUUUGCAUUUUCGGGAGUUAUAAGAGGAAGAAUCUUCCUGCCACUUGGUGCAUUUAGUCCAACAUUGUGUGCAGAAAGUUAAACUCAUCUGUGGGAUUUUCUUUUUCCUCCAGACAGUCUGAGCUGUCAGUGAAGCUAAACCGACAGCUGGAGAGAUGCUUGAGGAACUCAAAGUGCAUUGAUACUGAGUCACUGUGUGUGGUGUCUGGAGAAAAGGUACAACACGCACACAUACACACACAAAUGAGAAAAAGAGUGAAGGAUUGCGUUUACUGCAUUAAACAUACUGUAUGUGUCCUUGUCCAGGUGUGGCAGAUCAGAGUCGAUGUUCACAUGCUGAAUCAUGAUGGGAACCUGAUGGAUGCUGCCAGCAUUGCUGCAAUCACUGCUUUGUGUCACUUCAGACGCCCUGAUGUGGGCAUCCAAGGAGAUGAAGUCACAGUGGUGGGUCUGCAACAGACAGACAAACACAGCUGGAGUCUCUGCUUCGAUGAAUCUACCAGGAGACGUCCAAUGCUCAAAACACAAAAUUGCUUUGUCAUUUGAAUUGAUCAGUGAAACUUAAAAAGAAUUUAAUGCUUUCCUUAAAACAGUUCUCAUAUCUGUUAAUGGUUGUAAAUUAGUAUUUCUUUCUGUGCCCUUUCAGUUUAGUCCAGAAGAGAGAGACCCGAUUCCUCUGAGUAUUUACCACAUGCCGAUCAGUGUCAGCUUUGCCUUCUUUCAACAAGGGUAAGGCACCAAUGCUUUGUUUUCGUUCGAUGUCAGACAGGAGAUAUACAGAAAAUCCCUACCAUUACCAGAAACAUCUCAGUUCUAAAAGUUUGGAGGGCCAAAAGUGUGCUGCGUGCUGCUAACAGAGUGUUAUAAUAUUUAAAACUAUCAAAAGUUCAUUAUAGUUUGUCUCUAUUUUUUAAUACCUCCUACAAACUAAAGACACCAGAAGACGCUGCAAGCCACUGCAAUGAUAGCUCCGUGUCAUUCUAGGAAUUCGCUUAUGCAUUUUUUCAGACUCUACUUCCUCUCUGAUUCCUCUCUAAUAUCUUUACAUGGUUUUCAAUUUAAAAAAGCCUCACAUUUCUAAGAGUGGUGUAAUAAAAUACCAAGAGGCUGGGAGGGAAGAGCUCCAUGUGUUGGCCCCGCCCCCUGGUCAAUCAAAAAAGCAGCAGAGCACCGUUGUCUCGCUCUGCUGAGGGUGUCACCUCACAUGCCUUUGAGUCAGGCCUUUGAGCUUUGCCAGAAGCACAGAUGAGCUAGUCAGGAGAGCCUAUUACACCAAUGCAAGCAUUUUAGCGAGUCUCACGUUUUCUUCCAAGGUCCCAUUUUUGAGAAGUGUAAUACCACCCCAUUUAAACAUGCUGAUAAAGGCCUGUUGUGAUAUAUCAAAUUGGUAUAAAUGGAGAACUUUCAGAUCAAUGCUCAAGUCUGUCUUGAAGGGAUAUAAAGAAUGAAUAAAUGGUGCAUGACCAUCUCUUACUGGCUGACUAUUAUCUUUCAUUCAUAUCAGUCUCCUUUUUCUUCUGAAUGCCAUUGUUUUUCUCCUUCAGAACGUAUCUGCUUGUGGACCCCUGUGAACGGGAGGAGCGUGUGAUGGAUGGCUUGCUGAUGAUCGCCAUGAACAAGCACAGAGAGAUCUGCUCCAUCCAGUCCAGCGGGGGCAUCAUGCUACUGAAAGAGCAGGUGAAGUUCUGCAGCCAAGACAAACCUAAAACGAUCUAUUACAGACUUCUUUUUAGAGAUACACUAUUACCAAAACACUCAGCGGCUGAAUCAAACCAAAGUUAUUAUUAUCCUGAAAGAAACAAAGAUGACAGAAAUACAAGAGAGACUGAUUUUGUUGAAUGUGUUUAUUGUUGAAGGUUAUGAGGUGCAGUAAAAUAGCGAGCAUCAAAGUGUCUGAAAUCACAGAACUUAUCAGCAAAGCUCUGGAAAAUGACAAAAAAGCACGGUAAGCAAUCACAUCCCAAUCCACAAUUGAAGAAGACAGACUCAAAAGGAAGAUACUAAAAUAAACAAACGUUUUCAUUUGAAAUUUUAGGAAAGCAGGUGAAAGAUGUGGCUUUGCAGAGUCAAUGCCUCAGGAGCGAAUCACAGCGCUGAAAAUGGACGAAACUCCAGUGGAGAUGACUGAUGUGACAGAAAAAGCCAAUGAUAUUGUCCACAAUGCUGAUGCCCCACCUCAAAUGUAUCCUUGAAAAACUCUAGUCUAUAACAGCAUCUAUCAGAUUUUUCUCAGGGGGCUCUGGUCAUUUAAAAUGAAACACUUAACGACUUCUUUUGGUCUAAGCAGGUAAGAAAAUCUGCAACUGUUUACAUUUGAUCUCCUGUGAAUCCUUUACAAGACACACCAGGGUGCCUUCCCCAGUGGUGCCCAUCCCUGGAGUGGGUCAGGUAGGGCAGGGGGUCCAGAGCACCUGGGGGCUAGAGGAGGAUGAUGAAGGUGAAGAGGAGGAAAAUGAUAACAGUGGUGAAGAGCAGGAUGAAAAAGUGACGAGGAUGGAAGAAGAAAAGUUGGAGAGCAGAGAAGGUAAUUUCUGAUAAGAAAGUGAGACAGGAAUAGAGGAUCAACACACUGAAGUUUAGCAAAAAGGGAUAGAGUUAUCUGUAAAUGUUACGUGACGUUAAUGAGAGCAUGUUUGAUUUGAAAAUAUUUAGAUUUUAAAUGACAUCUUUAACUAUGAUUAUUUUGUUUUUAGGGGAUGUGGUUGAGAUAUCUGACAGCGAAGAGGAGGAAGUGGUCAUACUUAAUCCAGAGAAAGUGUCAAAGUAGGUUAACUCUUUGUCUUUUUGUGUCUACAGAAUGAGCCAAGCUAUGCACACUCAGAAGUGGUCACAGUUUUUAACUGCAUCUUUGCUUUGCUUUCAGAAAUACAGGAUAUACUUCCCAUCACAAGGGGGCAGCAGCAACACAGAAAAGAAAGAGAAAAUGAAAGGCCAAUUUCCCUCCAUGGUUAAAGAUCUAUCUUCAUGUCAACAACAGAGCCGGAUAUGGCAGCAGCUCUUUACAGCAGACCUCUGUAUGGAUAGGGGCUGAGGGUCAUUACAGAGGCAAACACAUCCAGGAGUUGAACUGUUAAUAUGAGAAAACAUUGUUAACUUCUUAUUUUUAGUCAUUUUGAUUGAUUUAUAAGCAGGCCUUGUGUGUACAAAUGUUAAGAUAAUGUUUGGUAUUCAUAAUAAAAUGUGAAAAGCUCGUUUAAGUUAUGACCAAGGAAAUUCUCAACCACUGGUGUGUGUGUGUGUGUGUGUGUGUGUGUGUGUGUGUGUGUGUGUGUGUGUGUGUGUGUGUGUGCGCGCGCGCGCGCGCGCCUGCGUGUGUGGGGAGAUAGAGAGAAAGAGCGAGCGAGAGAGAGAGAGAGAUGUGGACAUUGCACAUUGCUAUAGCCAAAACUGCUGCUCCUUCCCAUCGUGUCCUCCUGUUACCCCUCCUCCUCCUUCUUAAAAAACUUGUAAAAAUCUG